AUGGCCCUGUGCCUUGUGCCCUUGCUGGUCCUCCUCUUGGCCGGGUGCGGUGUGAUGGGGGAACAGAGGGCGCCGGGCUUCCAAGGCUGCAGACAGACCCUGAAUAUGUCCGUGCUGGGGGCGCUGCCAGGAGGCGGCUGGGACAACCUGCGCAACGUCGAGCUGGGGCUGGUGCUCAGGAGAGACAAUUCGCAGUGCCUCACCACCGAGGACGGCGAGUACCUCAUCCCAGACCGCGUGCAGGUGGUCCCGCGGCGGGAGAGUAUAGUGGAGACCCGCGCGGAGCUUAUCGACCACUGGAACGUCCGGAAGUACAGCCUGGAGUACCAGACGGUCACGACCAGGGUGCAGAUCCGCCACAGCAUCUACUCUGUGAGGGCCCCGGAGAACCCCAACUUCCAGCCCGACUUUCUGCGACAUCUGCUGACCCUCAGCGACCACCUGGAGAACAACCAGACCCGGGAGGCCAAAUACCUGGCAGAGAUGCUUGUGCUUAGCUACGGCACGCACGUUCUCAUCGACGUGGACGCCGGGGCUGCCUUGGUGCAGGAGUACCAGGUGAGGCGGGAGCUGGUGGACAGCGAAGCCCGAGACAAGAUCAACAUCACGUAUGCCGCCUUGGCCUGGUUCUUCCAUGCGGUCAACGCUGGGGACGGGGUUUCCUGGAAGGUGCAGAGCCGGCUUCUCCAGAACUACGGGCAGAACCCGGUGGCCUCCAAGAUGCACAGCCACGGUGGCGUGCCCUUCUACCAGGACAUCACCCUGCAGAAGUGGCAGGAGGGCACCGGCAACCGGCUGUUGGCCAUCGGUAGGUCGGGCCCGCCCCUGCCGGUGCUGCUCCAGCUGGAGGCGCUGCCCGAGCUCCCAGAAGCCCGCGUGGCGGCCGCGCGUGCGCCGGGCCAUCCACCGCUACUACGCAGUCAACACGCACCCCGGAUUCUGGAAGCUUGGGGCUCCCGCCUUCGACCCCCAGGCCAAUGUGGACGAUGGUUCUUGCGGAGGCGCUGCCGCGCCAACUUCAGCUUCGGCGGUGUCUUCCAGGAAUGCGAGGCCGUUUCCGGGCGGCAUGCCGAUCACCUCUGCCGGGCCUAUCACAUCCCGAACCCGCUCACCGGCAGCCUCUUGCCCGGCCAACUACACGGCCAGCUCCCGGAGCGGCGGGCUGAAGACGUGGAGCGAGCGUGCGCCACCCAUGAGCAUCGGAAUGCCGUGCGCCUGGCUGCCUCCUGGUGCGCGCCCUCGGGGGCCUCCCUGCCCGCCACUGCGGGCCUCAUCUUUGGAGGCCUGUAUAGCCCUGGCAACCCAAACCCGCUCACUGGGUCCCAGGCUUGCCCCUCCCACUUCUGCCCACUGACACUCUUUGGCGACCUCAAGGUCUGUGUCAGUAGCGACUCAGAGCUGGGUACAGCCCAGGCAGUCCCCUUUGGGGGUUUCUUCAGCUGCCAGGCGGGCAACCCCUUGGCUGGCCUUGUGAAGGGCCAGAGCCCUGGGCUCAUGAAGGAGGUGUUCUACCAGGACAGCCUCACGGAUUUCCCUAUGAAAUGCCCAGCAGGAUACAGCCAACACCAGGCUUACCUCAGCCAUGACUGCCAAAGCCUCUACUGCCUCAGGGCUGGGGCCCUCUUGGACCAGCAGCAGGCAGCUGUUCGGAUGCCCCCAUUUAUUCCCCGACCCCGCCUUGCUCAACAGAAGCAGCACCCACAGGCUCUCUGUCCUGGUUGA